ACAACACGUUCUCACUCCCGACUCGUCAAAUAUUGACGCUUGGGCAGGUUCCCUCAGCGUCACAUAUUGACGCGUCGGGUACCCCGUUCGCGUCAAUAUGUGACGAGGAGGGUUCUCUCAUUGAAUGCUGUACGGCUCCCUAAGCGUCCAAAACCGACGAUCUAGGAACAAAUAAGAUGAGGAGUCUGUUCUAUUUUUGUAAAAGGCACACAAUUCGUGCAUAGCAGAUGUAUUUGUAGGUUUUUAACAAUUUAGUUAAUUUUACUUCAGUUUUAAAAGAUCCUCCGGUUCUCUGAAGCCGCGAUUUUAUCUACAUUUCUGUUUAUUUUUUAACAGCAGACACGAAUUACACCAGUUUCACUGAUUUCAUCGUAACUUCAUGAUUGUAAAGGACAUAAUAUUCUAAUUUUUACACAAUAAUAAAAAAAGAAAGGAAUACGUAUGUUAUUUGGAGUUUAUGAGGUUACAGAUAAUAGCGGCAUGCACCUCCGAAGUCGUUUGCAGUCCAUUAAUAAUAAAAAAAAGAAUUUUAAUAAAAAUGUUUAAGAAGAGUGAGGGUGCAUUUCCUUUUGUGAUUACAUGCCAGACGGUUCUGUAAACGUUUGAUUAAAAUAAAAAUAAGGACAGAUCCCACCCGUCCAUAAAUCUAAGAAGAAGAAGAAGAAGAAGCUGACGUCAUCGCAUGCGACAUUGGACCCCGGUGAGUACAAACCUGAAUCUGUCAGAAAUGAUUUUGUAUUAUAAAACAAAAGAAAAUACUACAGAAUGUGAUUGCAGUUGUAGGACUUAAUGGUAGUAGGACUGUGCCGCGAAUGGUUGAAGACAUUUGGACACGUUUGUAACAUGUAUUUUUUUAAUUUUUGUUGCCGCUAGCUACAUUAGCUAGCUACAUUAGCUAGCUACAUUAGCCUCUUGGAGCCCAGAGAGUUCAGCUGAACCUGCACUUAAUACAUUUAAUUAGCCAUGAUAGAGUCACAGAAUUGUUUGUUGUAUAAUUUGAGGGUUGCUAUAACAACCCUAGGCUGUGAUGAUCCUAAAGGUUUUCUGAAUACACUGAUUGCAGCUAGGUCAUGCAUUUGAAUUAAAAACGAACUUGGGUCAUUACAGCCAAAGUUCUCUCCACCUGUCUACGUUGAAAUAAAUAACUUCCGAAAUCUGAACAUUUAUUUUGUUUUUAUGUCAACAGGUUCUUCUUUGAGAUAUUCAUCUGACAUACAUUUCUGCUCAUUCAUAGCACCCACAAAAGGCACUUUUAAGAGCCACGUUUGUCAAAUCUCUGCGUCAUCUUUUUUGUCAUAUCUCUUCGUCAUCUUUGUGUUCUUAAUUUGUCUAUUGUUCUUCACGUAAUUUGUCAACAGUUCUGUUUGUUUGUUUGUCCAUCAUAAGUCUUUGCAUUCUAUUUUGCUCUUUGUCAGUGUUUUUUAAGUAUGACACGCCCCAAAUUCAGGCCAUGCACACAGUGUCAAACGCCCAAUCAGGCAAACAGAAAAAGUUGUGUCGCCUGCCACCAGAGUCUUUACACCAAAAAAAAAAUAAAAGAAAAGUUUCAGACAUUCAAUGAUCAGUGGAGGGAAACAGUUUUAAAAAACAGAAAUGUUUCCCGCAUAAUGGAUUCUGCGGAAAUUGCAGUUCGCAAACUUCAUGCUUUAGGCUACAAGCCUAUUUUAUUUUUUGCUAAGGAAGAUAAGUCUUCAAGCAAGUGGGUAGCAGAUGCAAUUACUCUUUUGGAGCCCACUGCUACUACAAAUAAUUUUCUUGAGAAGAUGCAAAGGGCUUAUGAAUUUCUCCUCCCUGAAGCCACGUCUGUACCAGUGCAGCCCGACACCUCCACGGAACAGCAGGUUUUUUCACCCAAAGAGCAGUGGGCUGAUGAAAAAGCUGAGAACCUGGUCUAUGAACCAACAGAGACCAUAGCUGAGGAAGAGCCUGUGAUUGUGCUUGAUCUGGUUCCUGUUUCUCCUCGUAUUGUUCCUUCUUCUCCGGCUUUCCAGAAGAAGAAAAGAGCCAGAAGCACCUCUCCACCUGCCUCUCCUCCUACUCUGCCAUCUGUCUCUCCCAUAGACCAGCCAAACCAACAUUCAUAUAAAUCGCCUGCUGCCCAUGCCAUCUCGUUAAGUCAGGGUGGCCUAUUUGAAAAUAAGAAGAGAAAGGGUUGCCGGAAAUGUAGCAGACAAAAGGUGUUCCUGUUUGACUCAAUCACUGGGCAUAGGACUAAUGCGGGCAAAGAGGAAGUAAAAAUUCAUUGGUUGCCCUGCUCUGCUUGCGGGAAAAUCUGGGAUGACACCUGGGAACCUGCAAGUGAAUUCACACAUGUUGCUGUCCCCCAAGAGCUUCUUCCUUCAGACAGCAAACAAGUCCUUCCAUGAUGUUGCUCUUUCUUUUUUUGUGUUACAAAGUUGUAAUUUCCAUUUUUCUAUAACUGCAGUUUGACUAUAUUAAAAGGUUUUAUGUGUAAUAUUGUUUUCGGCUUAUUUUGGGCUGUUUAUUGACACGUCUUUGUCAUGUUCUGUAAAAGACUGAGUGAUGCUGGUUGAGUCACUGCAUGAACAAGUUAUUUUGCCUGUAUUGAGGCUUCAAAUUUUGAACAGGAUUGUUUGUACAUUUUGGCUUGUAAUAGUUGACCUAAUGUC